AUGACACAUGCCGCUUUGCCCUCGCGCCUAGUCCGACUUAAGUCAGCGAGCAUCUCCGAAGGAAGCACAGUGACUGCUACCGAGCGCCGCCAGGUCAUCAAUAUUUUGGAAGCUCGCAUUCGAAAACUGAGAGAUCCAUCUGACGCCCCUACCAGAGAGGACGGUUCAUCCUGCGACCCGAACUUGAUACUGGUUCAUGGAUUUACCUGCAAGUUCUGUAUGGAACGUACGAGCAGCUCUCAAACAAUCUCUCGACACAUAGCCUCGAAGCAUGAGGGGGAAAGGCUUCGGUUAGGAGUCCGGAGAAAAGCCAUGUAUGAACCUGCGUUCCUGCAAGCGUGGGUCAAAAGUCCCUCAGGGGGACGUUACUGGAUUGUCGAGCAUGCUGGUUCCACAGUUAGACCAGUCGGUGGCAAGGAAGCUCACGAUCAUCUCAAGGACAUCUUAGAGCGAGAGCGUGGUAGGCAAAGACUGUUAAAAGAAAUCAACAUGGCAGAUGGAACUGGCAUGGGUAGGAACACGCAGAGCACAAGAUUCACAGAUCUCAAGCCCUGGCUAGAGCGGACCGGCUGGGAGCAAACCUUUCAGGGAGUUGAUCGGGAACUGCUUAGAAACUUGACAACUGUGCCCUCUCUUGCGACUUCACGUCAAUGUCUAGUAUUGAAAUCGAACAGGAACCUGCCUGCCUAUCCCCAUUCCGAAGAACAAAUGACAAGUUCUGCAGACAAUGAAAGCAGAAUAGCCGCUCUAAUGUUUGCCGUGGACGCCGUGAUGGAUCGCUGCGAGCAGACUGCACGGACGACAAGCAGGAGCCUAUUAUGCUGGCUACGUAGUGUACGACCUCAUGUCUGCUACGUCAAGCCUUUCACCUUCGUAGGGAAGGCUGCGAGUAGGAAGAAGUACAUUCGUCUCCUCAAAAGGUUUAUCGCCAUGGUCUUUCGCACCUAUACCCUACCAGCCGACGUUCUACGGCGCCGAGCAGGCAUACGAUUGAAAAAGGCCCAAAUUCGUCAAAUUGCGGCACUUUGGAACCAUGAGAUCUGGAAGCGGCCUGAUGCUUUGACUGAGGCACUUUGGCAAUCGACCCAGUCCCCUGCUGCGGCGGACGUUAAACAUAGCCUAGAUGAAGAGAACACCAAUGACGGGGACCAUUGUGAAGAUGACGCCUCAAGCGGGUAUGAGAGUAGUGUUCCGACAGAGUCUGAGGACUCUGAAGACGAUUUUAUGGUUGAUGGAGAAAGAGAUUAUCAAGACGGCGGAGCACUGGAGCGAGACGAGAUUGAGAAUCACAAUCAAGAGAGUUCCGCGAUGGGAGAAGCCGGCGGGAAAACACUACCAUUGGUCCGAGAAGCAUUGGAACUACUAUUCGGACUGAUCAUGGAGUUCAGUACUGAAGAAGUCGUAGACGGUCGUCCUGCUUCCACGCUGUUGGUGUAUUUCAGUGGGAUCCUUGGAUUCUCAGCCGAUCUCAACGGAUUCCUCCCGGCCAGGUCGUACACGUCCAACCUUGCGGCACUGAUAUAUGUCCAGCGCCUUCUAUUCUUGGAGUAUGCCCUACCUGCACGAGGAUAUCCUUUGCUUGGGAUCUCAACACGCCCUCGGACAGGUCAGGUUUCACGGCUUCAGAAAAUAAGACAGGAAUACCUCGUCCUCGGAUCACAGUCACCAUUCGAAGAACUUUUCUCACUCCUCGCAUAUAGAAGGGCAAUAGCUAGCUCAGAAACACCCGCAUUCCUUCUCACGUGGAGUGAUGAUGGCCAGACGGUAUCAUACAAAGACGAAAUCUCGGUCCACAUGGAAAAGUUCCGGCGUCUUCCAAUGACGCUUCUAGAACGUGCCGAAGCUCUUUUUUCGGAGCUGAUGUACGGAUGGAGACCUCCAUGUGAUCUUUCUUCUGUGAAAGACGACAUGUCAAAUACGACACACGGCUUUUCAUUCGUUAGUCAUCCGAAGAAUGGCUUGACAGACGCGUAUCUGGAACUCUCGUUAAAAGCUUGCACUAAUCAAGCAAGUCCACUUUCACGCAAAGGCAAAUGGCACCGCAAGGCUGUUCUUGCGUUUUUCAAGAAGGAAGAAGCAAUGCGCGAGGUCUUAGCGGAUCUUAUGCUCAUAACAUGUGGUGGUCAGCCUCGCUCACCAGACCUACUCGAAGUCCGCGUUCGCAAUCAUAGGACUGCUGAGCGUAAUUUCUACAUUUAUAACGGCUUCGUGAUAUAUGUCACUCGCAGUCACAAGGCAAAGCGUUCGACAAACAGAGAGUUCAUUGUUGCUCGGCUCCUGCCUUUUCGGGCCGGGCACCUGCUCUAUAUGUAUCUUGUGUAUAUCCGCCCUUUUGUGGACAUGCUUACUCGAGAGCACCAGCCACAUAUAAAUGAAUGCUCCCCAUAUUUAUUCAGAAGCAGACGGGAUCUUGACAGCUCAUGUUGGUCCACCGAACGUCUCACCAGUGUAGUCAGACGAUUUACGCGGGAAGUCUGGGGCCAAGGCGUCACGUUGAGACUCCUACGACAACUCUGUAUCGGCAUAACUGACAAGCAUGUUCGAGAGGUGAGCCAGCCUUUCAAUCAAUUCGACGACCGGACAGAUAAGGCCAAUCUUGGAGUCGCUUUUGCUUGGUCAAGUGGUCACCGCCCCCUACUCUUCUAUUCUUAA